GAAGCUCUCUAAUUCUUCACGCAGCGCUGGGAGCCAUCACCUAGGUAACCAGUCUCAGCCUGCCCGCUCCUCCUCACAUAGACACAGCAUCUCCAGCCAGCAUCUUUUCGAGAGCUGCCUUGGCGAGAGUGACAAUUUUGAACCAACAUGGUGAAAUUGGGGAGCAACCUGUCAGAGAAGCCAGAGAAGGAGCAGGGCAGUGGAGGCGGUGGAGGGGAAGAUGGCUUUGAUAACAUCCCAUUGAUAACCCCACUGGAUGUCAACCAGCUACAGCAGCCAUUCCCAGACAAGGUGAUAGUUAAGACCCGAACGGAAUACCAACUUCAGUCAAAGAAGAAGAGAAAGUUACAUGUUCCUGGAAUCAAGAGGCUGAACGUCAAUCUCUAUGAUGAAGUAUCAGAAAAGGUCAAGUUGACAGGGCUUAUUCUCAUCACGAUGGCAUUCCUGGCCUGUCUCCUCAUGCUGGUCAUGUACAAGGCUCUCUGGUAUGACCAGUUAAGCUGCCCAGAGGGCUUUGUGUUUAAGCACAAGCACUGUACUCCGGCAGCUCUAGAGAUGUAUUAUUCUGAGCAGGAAUCAGGACCCCGAGGAAGUCUCUACACGGCUAUUAACCACUUAACUCAAGCCAAGAAAACCAUCCCUGAACUGCCUUCACCUUGGUUACCAGUAAUUAAUGCCUUGAAGGAAGCAGAGAAAGCUAAGGAUGAGCCGCCUAUUUCUCAGCAAUAAGAGACACAGGGCAGAAACCAGAUACAACAGGAUUGUAAUUUUUAGGGUAGAUGUAAUCACUUAAAGUAUUAAAAGCAUUGUAUACGCCCAUCCCUCCCCCCCUUCCCCCUGCUCUUUUUAGUCAACUCCAAUUGUUUUUGAGUGAAACCAGGAGGACAUGUCUUGUUCAAGUACUUUACUUCCUUUCUUCCCUCCCUACCCCAAUCACAAAGAGAGAGGAAGAUGAUGAGGAGGCAUCUUAUGCACUCUGUAUAUGAGCCCUCCUUCUCUAUCCUAACAUGAAAGUGGGUCUUUCUUCCAUCUUUACUUAGAGAGCACCUACUGGAUUCUCUACAUGUGGAGAUCCCACUCCAAAGUACCAGGGGGGAAAAGGCUAUCCUGAGGCCAGUAUUAGCCCAUUGGUAUCUUCCUUCCAAGCUAGUCUGAGUGGUUUCCCAGGUCCCUUUCUCCAAAUACUAUACACAAUUUUGGGGUAUUUCUCUGAGAAAUGUUAGCUGGCCAGGCUUAGAGCCUCUUCUCCUUACCACCACUCACCCAACUAGGAGUGUUAUGCUUUAUUUCUCUGAUAGGAUUUCUGGAGGCCAGGGGCUACUGGAUUGCCCAUAACCUUGUUUUCAGAGUCAAGGGCAAAGUAGCAGACAUUGUCCAGGCAGGUCCACAAACUAGCAGCCCCAAUGUGCUAAGGUUUUUGUGUUGCCAUUUGGAAACAAACAUUAGGAAGAUCUUUCACUUUAUUUUGAGCAAAGCUUUUCUAUGUAAUUUAUGCUCUGGCUUUUCUUGGGUUGUAAUUUGAUUGCUAAUUACAAGGCUAAAUUCGAAACCCACUUAAUUAGAGCACUUCUGGCUUAGGGGUGCUGGGAGAUUUUUCCUCCCUUUUUUCCCUCCUUUUUUCCUGCCCUGCUCAAACUUUCUUCUGGACCUAGUGUGGAAUCCUGGUGCGACUCUUCCUGUUCCCAUUUGGUGUUUGUGCUUCUGCGUGGACUUUUAAUUUUGUUCAAAAAUUAUUAUUAUUAAUUAUUAUUCUUAUUGUUUUGCUGUGAAGAUUUCCCCACCCAACCACACUCGGUAUGUUUUUCUAGGAAUUGUGAACUGUCACAUUUGCAGUGUAAACACUACUGGUUGUCUGCUCGCAAGUGCCAAAAUGGAUAUGGUGAUCAGCAGCAUUUUUCCCCAAGUAAAAAUAAAUGUUGACCCUCAGCU